AUGGCACGAUACAAUGCUCAUGAUCAACAACAACUUGCAAUUUUUGGUCCAUUUUUUGCUACAAUUCUAUUGACAAUCAUCGUUUGGGUGUAUAUGUAUAUUCGACGUAUUCACUUUUUUCAGACUACGAAACUACCUAUGGAACAACUCACACGUGCUGGUGGACUGGCGCGAUUAUCGCCACCUGGCGUAAAUAAUCCAUCAGAUAAUUUAAAGAAUUUAUUUGAAGUACCUAUUUUGUUUUAUGCAUUUUCACUCUAUUUAUUUGUCACAACACAAGUCGAUGCAACAUAUGUUUUUGCUUCAUGGAUUUUCUUUGUAUUUCGAGUCUUACAUAGCAGUAUUCAUUGUACUUUUAAUCAUAUAAUGUCUCGUUUUUAUUGUUAUCAACUUUCAUGUGUAGCUUUAUUCUUUAUGAUUUUUCGUGCCAUGUUAGCACAUUUUUUCUCAUAG